AUGAACGCUAGAGGAUUUAAAUACUAAUUGAACAUUCAUGUUGAGAAAGUUUAAAUAAAUAUAAAUUUUCAAUGUAAGAUGCAGGUACAUUUAAAAAGAGGUAAUGCUUAAAUAUAUGUGACAUAGGAAAUUAAAAAGUUGAAACAUAAUAAUUAGCAGAUUUCAAUAAAGGUACUGCAUACAUAAAUGAAACAUUGUCACUAUAGAGUAAUAUUUUUUAAGUGAAUGGAAUUUAUCAAGAGAAAAAAGCUUUACUCACCGUUGUUAUUAUUACUGAUAAAGGCAAUAAGGCAGCAGGCUAAUGUUCAAUAGAUUUCUCAACAUAUUUGAAUCAACAAAAAAAUGGUAUUUUUAAUGGCAAACAUAGAUGUCUAUGAGUAAUUUCAUUUAGAUAAGUGUCCUGAUAAGCAUGCAAAACUUUUCACAAAAAUUAAAUUUAUACUAUUAGGAGAAGUUGAUAUUGACGCAAUUAGUACAGCUUAAUCAAUUGCAGAUGAACAAACUACUGAUAAAAAAUAGCCAGGAUAGACUCAAGAUAAAUAAGAAACUGAAAGCACAGCCAAGAAAAACAAUCUUGAAACUUAAUAGAUUAAACCUUUAUAAAUUGAUGAUUCUUCUAAAUAAAUUUCAAACAACAGUUAAUAAUUAAGCGAUAUAGAGCAAUCGAUAAUUUUAGUUAAACAGGUUGGUCCUUAAGCUCCAAAUCCUUUGUCUUAAAUUAAUAUUUCAUAAUUAAGCGAUGAAUUAGGUGAAUUAAGAAAGAUGAAUGCUGAAAUCAAGAAUUAAAAUAUUUUAUUAAUCUAAGAAGUUCAAAAGGAAAAGCUGUUAAAGGAUGAAUUAUUUUAAUAAGUUCAAAAUUUGAAGCGUUAAUUAGAUAACAGCAUCAAUCUUAAUAAAUAUUAGGAAUAAAUUCUGCAAUAUGAUAAACAAGUAUCAUAACUACAAGAAGUCUUACAAUAAUCUGAAAUAAGCAAUGAAAAUCUAUCUAAAUAAUAUAAAACUACAUUAACAAUGUAUAAAAAUUUGUAAGAUGAAUUUAACACUGUUAAAGAAGCAUUUUUAAUCGAAAAAGAAAAUGCAAGAACUUUUAUGGAAAAACUUCAAGAAAGCCAAGAAAUAUAUAAGUAGAAAGAUAUUGCAAAUUAAGAAUUGAAUAUUAAAAAUUAAGCAGAAUUGUAGAGGAUAAUAGAUGUAGAAAAUUAAAUUAAUCUAUUAAAUUAAUAAAUUUUAUCAUUAAAUAGAUAAAAGGAGGAAUGCAACAAUUAGAUAUUAUAACAAAAAGAUUAUAUUUAACAAUUAGAAUAAUAGAUGUAAUAAUAACACUUUUAAUGUAGCUCAUUAAAUGAUCAAAAAAAGAGUAUUGAUUAAUAAGUAAAUAUUUACAAUAAUCAAAAUAGAUUUAAUAAUAUUAGUAGUAGGUUUAAGAAUUAUAAUCUUAACUUUUGAAUCAAUAGUAGCAGAUGAAUUAAAUGAAAAUCAAAUUUUAAUAGGAUUUAGAUUAAAAACAUAAGGAAUCUUAAAUAAAUGUUGAAAAAUUGUAAGAAUAUUCAUAAAAAAUAUCUGAAUAUUAAUAAUUACAUAAUGAUACCUAAUUGAAAAUGCAAAAGUUGAUAGAGCAGCACGCUCAAGAAAUCAAAAAUUGUUCAGAAAAUAUAUAUUAAGGAGUAAUGCCUCAAAUAAAAUAGUUAAAUUAAGAGAAAGCUUCAUUGGAAUAAACAAAUCUCUCAUAAUUAGAAUAAUUAAAGAUUUAAAAGUCCUUAAAUGAAGAAUAGGCUAUUAGAGAAACAUAACUUAAAUAACGCAUUCAUACUAGUGAAGCAUAAUCAACACAACUGUAAAAACUAAUUAGUGAUAUCUCUGGUGAAACUUAAAUUUUAAUGAAAUAGUUCCUAAAUCAAGAAAAUUUUGAGAAAGAGACAGAACUUCCAGAUAUAUUAUCAAAAUUAAAUUCUUAAAUAAAUUCUAAAAUAAAUAAGUUAUAAUCAGAAAUCGAAUUAUUGAAUUCUUAAAUAUAGUUACAAGAUGAAAAGUAUAAGGAUAGAAGUAAAAGUUAGUAAGAUUCUUUAAUUGAUCAAUUAUCAAAUAAGAACUGCGAGAUUAAUGAUCUAAAGAUUGCAAUUGAAAAUCUAAAAAAUUAGAAUUAGCUCUUACAUCAUGAAAACGAAAAUAUAAAGAGAAAUUUAAAUGAAAUAACAACUUAAUUGGAAUAGAAAGAAAAUGAAAUUUAAUAAUUGAAAUCAAUUAAUGAGGACAAUAUUUAAAAGUAAAACAAAUCAUUGAAAGAUUAAUAAAAUUAAAAUUAGGAAUUGCAAUUGAGGUUAAAGAAUUUGGAAUCUGAAUCAUAAGAGAUUUAAUAUUAGUAUUAAAAUAAAAUUUAAAAUGCAGAUAUGAAGAUCAACGAACUUUUAAAUGAACUCAAGUAAUAAGAAAAUAUUAUCAAUGAUUAUAGUCAUAAACUGAAUGAAGGUAAUAAGAUAAUUUAAGAUUAUACUAAGACAAAUUAAGAAUUGUAGAACAAAACUUAAGAAUAUUAAUAUUAAAUUGAAUAAAAUACAUUCUAAUAAUCAUAAUAUGAAUUAAAUCUGAAGGCAAUUCAGUAGGAAAACACUGAGUUAUAACAAUAAAUCAAUUUAUUAAACCUUUAAUUAAAAUCAUUUCAAGAAAAGAUCUCUGAAGAAGUACAAAUAAAUGCAAAAGAAUAUGAGAAUAUUCUAAAUGAAAAUAAAUAGAAAAUAUCAGAAUAGUAAGGAAUGAUUAAAUAGUUAGAAUAAUAAAUAACAAAUUAAAUUUAAGAAUAUAGGCAAAAUUUAGAUUAGUAAGAAUAGUUCCACCAAAAAGAAUUAUAAAAACAAAACGAAUAAAAUCAAAAUAUAGUCUAAUAAUUAUAGGAGGAAUUGAAAAUUUCCAAAUAAGCUUUGUUAGAAUAGAAAAUUAAAAUUGAUGAAUCUUAAUAAAAUUAAAAUUAGGAGUAGCUUUAGAAUUACUAAUCUAUAAUAGAAAAUCUUUAGUUAGAAAACAAUACAAUAAAAUAGUAACAUCAAUAAUUAGAACAUUAAAAUAACAAUUUGAAAUUAAGCGUUAUAGAAAUUGAUAAAAAAAGCCAAGAGUAAUAACAAUUGCUUGGAUAAUAGUAAAAUUAAAUCACUCAAUUAUAAUAGAAGAUAAAAGAAAUGGAUGGCAUAAUCAAAAAUUUAGAAAUCGAAAAAAAUACAAUUACUAGCAAAUUGACGAAUGAUUUGUAGGAAUUGCAAUAAUAGCUAUUCAGUGAAAAUGAUGAAUGGUAAAAGGAAAAAGAAAUUAUUUAAAAGUAAGUAGAAGACCUUGAAACUUAAAAUGAGGCAUUGAAGUAGACUCUGAAAGAAAAGGAAUAACAGUUACUUAUGAUAUAGGAAUAAAACGUAGCAUUAAAGAGUUAAAAUUAAUUGUUGAAUGAAAUAUAGUAGAAAGUGUAAGAAUUAGAUAAAGAAAACAAAAAUAAUAAACUUAAAUGGUAACAAUAGGUAGAUGAAAUCAAUAGUAAUUCUAACCUUUAAAUUUAAAAUUUAGCAAAUUAAAUCUAAAGUUUGGAGUAACAAUCUGAAGUAUAUAAGUCAGACAUCGAUGAACUUAAGAGAUAGAUAAAUUAAAAAGAUGAUGAUAUAAAAUUAAUAGAAGAAAAAAGUAAAUUAGACAUUUAAUAUUUGAAUUCAAAUUAGAUUAUCAAAUUAAGAGAAAAGGAUGAGAUGAUACAAUAACUCUAAGCAGACUUAUAACAGCUUUAGCAAAGUGAAGUUGAAUAAUAAAGUUUAAUCCAAUUUUUAGAAAGUGCUAAAGAGAAUUUAGAAAAGUUGUAAAUAGAGAAUUUAGAGUACACAUAAAGGAUCUAAUCGGCAAAUGAAAAAAUGAUUGAAUAGAUUAAGGAAUACGAGGUUAAAAUUAAUUCAUUAAAAGAAACAAUAGAAAAUUUAGAGUAAAGUAAUAAUUAGCUAAAAAUUGAAAAUUCAACACAUAAGUCAUAAGUUCUAUCACCUGUGGUAGAGAAUUAAAUUUAAACUAAACUUUAAAAAGAAACAAAUUAAUUGAUAGAGUAAUUGCAAGAUGAAAUAAUAUCCUUAAAAUGCAGAAUAGGGGAUAUGUUAAAUACUGCUUCAGAUAUAGGAGGUCCUAAAUUGGUGGAUAGAUUAUAAUGUGCUUUAGGGAUAAAAGAAUGAGG